CGCACUUAUCUCUUCCGCUAAUGCCCACAACUUUCUUUCUUUGUUUUGCUUUUUAUUGUCUACUUGCUUUUUCAUUUCCAUUCCUUUCCUAAUGAGGACUCACAUUAUUGAGUUCAACUGAUCUCCAUCUCCCCUUUUAUCAUUCCUGCUCUCUUGGGUUUCUCUACCCUUUCCCCGUUUGCCAAUUGCUCAGUUAUUUGAUCCGUUUCUCUUUUCCACCCACCUAACAAAUCAAGCUCCGCCGUUUCUCUCAUGGGUUUCUCCGGGGAAUGCUCCUACUGAAUCAAGCUGUUUCUUUUUUGGAGAUAUAUGUAAACAGUAGGAAGUCCUUUGUCUAAGAGGGGAGCGGGUUGUGAUCAAUUUUGAGUUUUGACUCAAGCCUUACUGGGUUUUCUGAAAUCGGAGCUUUUCUGGGUCUGGGUCGUUCAAUUUUCUGGUUCGUAGCGGAGCUGCUCAGGGUUUCUGUAUAUUGGAUUCAAUUGACCCUGUUGGGUCCAAAUGGGGACAAAUCUGAAUUUCAGAAACUUCACCAACGACUUCGUUUCCUCCUCCGACGCCGGCCGCCAUCAGCAGCAGCAGCAACCGAUGACGCCACUAAACUGCCCCUUAGCAAGGCAGUCGUCAAUCUACUCCCUGACAUUCGACGAGUUUCAGAGCACGGUGGGGGUUCCGGGGAAGGACUUUGGGUCAAUGAACAUGGACGAGCUACUCAAGAACAUAUGGAGUGCUGAGGAGAAUCAGAAUCAGAACAUGGCUGCGGCGGCCGCCGCCGCCGCCGGAGCGCUGCCGGUACACGAUGGUCUGCAGCGGCAGGGGUCGUUAACCCUGCCUCGGACACUGAGCCAGAAGACGGUGGAUGAAGUGUGGAAGGACAUAUGGAAAGAAUACGGCACUGGAUCAGAUGCUGGAGCUAGUGAGGUUGUCCCACAAAGGCAGCAGACUUUAGGGGAAAUGACCUUGGAGGAGUUUCUGGUGAGAGCUGGUGUCGUAAGAGAAGACAAAUAUAGUAAUACACAAGUAGCAGUCGGAGGGAAGGUUCAGCAAAGCAAUGGAGGUGGUGCUGGUGGUUUCUUUGGCGAUCUUUCUAGACAAGGGAACAACAACAACAACAACAGCACUAAUAAUGGUUUUGGAAUGGUGGGAUUGAUUAGUAGUAAUGGUAACACCAAUCCAAUUCCGAUGCAAUCGGCAUCAAACUUGCAUUUGAAUGUGAAUGUGAAUGGUGGCGUUAGAUCAAAUCAAGUUCAAUCUCAGGUACAGCAGCAGCCGCAGCCGCAGCCGCAGAUCUUUCCAAAGCAGGCUAAUAAUGUAGGGGGCUAUGGGCUGUCACUGCAGGGGAUUGGUGGUGCUAAUGGGUUGAUGCAAGGUGGGAUGGUUUCACCGGCUAGCCAGAUUUCGUCAGAUGGGAUAGGGAAGAGCAAUGGGGAUACUUCUUCUGUGUCACCUGUUCCUUAUGCGUUUAAUGGAAAUAUGAGGGGUAGGAGACCUAAUACUGCAGUGGAGAAGGUGGUUGAGAGGAGGCAGAGAAGGAUGAUCAAGAAUCGAGAGUCAGCUGCUAGGUCGCGUGCUCGCAAGCAGGCUUACACUAUGGAGUUGGAGGCAGAAAUUGCAAAGUUGAAAGAGGAAAAUGAAGAACUUAAGAGGAAACAGGAAGAAAUCAUGGAGGUGCAGAAAAAUCAGGUGAUGGAGAAUAUGAGCAUGGAGAAUGGAGCAGGGAAGAGGAGGUGCUUGCGACGAACUCAGACUGGUCCAUGGUGAAUAGUUUUUCCUUUACAUAGAGUAGAGAAAGAGCGAGAGGGAAAAGGUUGUUUCUUGUGUGAAUGAGAGAAGCUGAUCUUGCGAUGAUGGUAGUCUGUAGUUUCAAAGUUGUUUCCAUAUCAAUGGGUUUAUAGUUGAUUUGUACAUAGGUUAGCCAGACCAAUCAUAGAUUUAAUUCAUGGCCUUUGUCGUUAUAGGUUCGACCAUCUUGGUCGAUUUUACAGCUGAAAACAGAUGUUAGGGUUUUUGCUGGAUAUUUAGGCUGUAGGUUCAUUCUUGUUCAUCCCCUUUAUCCUUGUCAAUAUUAUAUUAUCAUCACUAUAUAUCAAAUCUUCAUAGCCGAAUCAGUGAAAUAGAAAGAAAAAAAAAUG